AUGGAAAACGACCUGCUAAACGAGGUAAGCGCUUACCUCGACGAAAUCGUCAAGCGUCUUGUCGACCACCUGAGAGACCAACUCGUCGGCGUCUAUCUUCUCGGUUCUGCCGCCUACGGCGCCUAUGAGCCAGGCUCCAGCGACCUCGAUGUCCAGGCAAUCGUCAAGAAUCCGCUCGAGACCGAUGAAAAGCAAGCCAUAAUCUCCCUGUUGAACCAAGAUGCGUUGCCAUGCCCGGCCACCAAACUUGAGCUCGUCGUCUAUGCUCAAAACUCGGUCAAUCCAGCCAGCCGCCACCCACGUUUCGAACUCAACCUGAAUAGCGGACCUCACCAAGCCGACCAUGUCAGUCUCGACCCCGCCAACGAGUCGAGUCACUGGUUCUUACUGGACAUCGCCAUGGGACGUCAACUUGGUGGCUGCCUGCACGGCUUUGCUAUAACUGAGGCUUUUGGGGCGGUUCCCGACAGCUGGGUUUUGGAAGCAAUCGCGGACUCGCUGGCAUGGCACCAAGCAAACGAAGCGAACUCGACCAACAGCGCUCUUAAUGCUUGCCGAAGCUGGCAAUACAUCGCUACUGGCGAGUUUUCGUCGAAACUGAAUGGGGGCAAGUGGGCCAUGGGCCAACCGGAUUGUCCACCUAUUGUCAACAGUGCUAUUGCAGCCCGCAAUGCAGGGGGAGAACUUCCUGUUGCUCAAAUGAUGGAACUUUUUGACUUCGUCGCCAAGGCCAAUCGCAAUAAGCUGAAUAAUGAUAUUAAUUGA